UAAACAUGACAUAAUCAUAAUACGAGUAUAAGAUUGUAGUUUAGCUUUUUCUCCGAUUGAAAAUUGAUCAUCCCUUACAAUCAUCUACUCGAUCUCAAAUCUCAUACAAGUACCUAAUUAAUGCAUCGCACUUAGUAUUAUACUCAACAAACCAAACCCAAAAUCUCUCAUACUAUAUUCACAGCAAACGCAAUUCAAAUUUUCUCAUUUCUCGAAAUCAAAUCUGCAAUCAGUGGAAUUCUGACCAUGAAUUUUCGAAACUUAGAUGAUUUUUGGGCCUUUUACAUGACUCAACACUCUAAGCCGUCAACAAGGCGUUGGCACUUUGCGGGAACACUUAGUGGAAUUAUAAUCUCAAUCUACUCUAUGUUGUUCAAUUGGAAAUUCUUGUUUUUGGUACCAUUAAUCGGUUACGGCUUCGCUUGGUACAGCCAUUUCUUUGUAGAAAGGAAUGUUCCGGCAACAUUUGGUCAUCCAAUUUGGUCAUUCUUUUGUGAUUUUAAGAUGUUUGGUUUAAUUCUUACUGGUCGAAUGGAUAGAGAGAUCAAGAGACUUGGUAAACGUCCUGUUUUAUAACUUUUUUUUUUAUUUCUCGCAGAUUUUUUACUUCGAUUCUUGUAUAUAUUGUGAUAAUUACAAUCUGUAUUCAAGUAUUCAAACAUUGUAAACCUUUAAUGAGCUGAUCACUUUUAUUAUUUAGCUUAAUGAAUUUAUUGUUUUGUGUUGUUUGUGUUUUAAUAUUAAAAACUUUGGAUUUUCCUUGUAUAUUAUCUACCAUAACCAAACCUUACUGAGUUAAUGAUGCCAAAAACCAUGUUGGAAAGUCUGAAUCCUGGGAAAAUUCUGCACAAUGUCGCGGAAUUUUCAUGUUUUUGUGGCCUAAUUAUUCAGGGACUGUUCUUGCUCUCAUGUCAUAGCAGCAGUGUGUUCUUAUUGUAGUUCUAGUUAAGGAACAAGACUUUAGCAACAGUUGUUGAUUCGUGGGCUAAAUGGAUUGUAGCAGCAUCGUGAUGCUGACAUGAACGGUAUUACUCUAGAUAAAAGCAAUGAUCAUGGACCUCUUCUUACCCUUUGAACAAGAGAGAAUCUUGUCUAUUCCCUUGAGUGAGCGUAGACCUGCUGACUGCUUGUACUGGGAUGGUGAGAAAGAUGGCAUUCAUUAGAUCCAAUCGGCCUAUAAACUUAUUAUUGAUCGGGAUUGUGAGGAAGCCAGUUGUUCGAAUGAUGCUGCUGUUCGUAAGGCCUGGAAUUUGAUGUGGAGUGAGCCAGUUUUGCCAAGGGUUAAAGUUUUCUUUUGGAGAGCUUGUCAUGAGGCGGUUCCUACCAAGAAGGGGCUACAUAUCCGAAUCAAGGAUAUUGAUGAGGUGUGUGGUGUGUGUGGAGAAGAGAAGGAAGAUGUUUCUCAUGCCCUUCUUUGCUGUCCUCAAGCUAUCAGCAUUUGGGAGGAGUGUGGCUUUGCGUGGGAGGUGGAGGGAAAGGGGAGAUCGUUAAUGGACUGGGUCUUUCAGAAGUUAUGUUGCCUGGUUAGUGAGCAUCGUAGCUGGGUGAUGGUUCUCUGUUGGUCGAUUUGGAGUGCCUGGAACCGUGGUUUAUUUGAGAAUGAUUGGUAUGAGCCUAGAGGGAUAGCUUCCUAUGUGCACCAACUGAUGAGUGAUAUGGGAAAUUCUUUUGUGAAAAAGAAGGGUGACGCUGCACCAAAGCAACGAGGCUGCUGGUGCCUUCCUGCUGCAGGGCGUAUUAAGGUGAACAUUGAUGCGGGCUUGUUGUGUGAUCUGGGAAUUGUUGUGGGGGUUGUUGCGAGAACUGAUGAGGGGAGUGUCUUGUGGUGUGCGAACAUCAAGCUGGCGGAUAGGCUGGAGCCAAAGCUUGCAGAGGCGAAGGCCAUCUUAAUGGGGAUGAAGCUGGCUGCUCAGGUCGAAUUCGAGAAUGAUUGUGAGAACGUGGUGAAUGCUAUCAGAAGGAAGGAUAAAGGCAACAACUCUGCUAUUCGUUUCUCUUUUUGUGCUUGGGGUUGGAUUCAAAGAGAAGGAAAUAAAGUGGCGCAUGACUUAGCUCAUGCCCACCUAUUGUUUUAGGAAGAAAGAUUUGGUUGGAUCAAAUUCCUGAUUUUAUUUGUAAUCUGUUAAACUCUGAUUUGAAGCAGAAUAUUAAUUAAUCCUUGUGGGUUUCCUUCAAAAAAUAAAGAGAAAAAAAGCAAUGAUUAUGGUUUAUGAA